AUGAUAGAUACUGUGGCAUUCAACGGUCUUAAAAAUCGCGGUAUAAUCGUUAGUAAUCGCGGUGGUGAGUACCGCGGUAUUCAAGGGUUUGUAAAACCGCGGUAUAGUCAUCAGUAGCCCUGGUGAUAAAUACCGCGGUAUUCAACAGCUUAAGAAACCGCGGUAUGGUCAUCAAUAACAGUGGUAGUAUUUUGUCAAGUGAUUUAUUGAAUACAGCAGAAAUGAGAGUGCUAUAAAAAUUAUUAUAGGCAACAUCUUUUUUGUUGUUAAAUUGAUGACUUUAUUCAAUACUUCAUAUUUCGGUCACAUUCAUUCGACCAUUGUCAAAAGUAGAUGCUGUAGGUAUUUUCCCAUGUCGCCUCUCUUUUACCAACUCCGUCGCAGUUACGCGUAACUGCGCGUAACUACGACGCAUUGGUCGCAGUGAAAAAAUCUAGCAGAAACUAUGGUUACUGCCACGCAGACCAACGUAAUUGCGUCAUAGUGAUCGCAUCGUACGAUCCUUUGUAACCGUAACUGACCAAUUAUAAAUGCUUACUACUUAUUUGUAAUUGGUCACAUUCCAGCACUAAAACUUAGCCACACAAAGUCAGUAUAAAAAGCAGUGCUCAUGCGACUUUGGUUCAUAACUUAUUCUACUACAAAAAGUAGAACAUAUAGGGUGUCCAGUAAGUAACUCCACAAAGAAAAAGUUGAAUAUCUUCAUUACAACUCGACCAAACGGGCUCAUUUUUUUACCAAGGAUAGAGGCAUGUUCACAUUUCAAAUCCAUACGGACAAGGUUAGUGGGAGCCUUUGCAAAGUAUCACUAUUGACCUCAACAAGAAAAUUUUACU